CCAUAGAUACCCAUUGCCACUCGCCGACCAUUGCUACCAUGGACGACAAAAUCGACAAAUUGAUGGAGAUGGGCUUCUCACGGGACCAGUCAAUUCAAGCGCUCAAGUCCUCAAACAACAACUUGGAGGAGGCCUUGUCGUACUUGUUUGGUGAUCCCAUUGAAGAGGUCCAGGAAAUCUCGCCUCCUCCCCAAGAAGUCAUUCCGUAUCACGACACCGUCAAGAUUCUGAACCCCAGCGAAGUUCCAGACUUCUCUGCUCUUCCCGAUACACUUCCAGGCUACGAAGACCUCAACACCGACUCCAAUGGCACCCUGGAGCGUUACCACUAUCAACAAGACACCUACGAGGAAACUGUGUACGAGCAGGUCCAGAGCUUCGAAAGAACAGAGCUCUCUCCCCCCGCGUUCCUCGGCCGCAACGCGACCUACAUCGAGAACUAUAUCGUUCCAUUCUUGAUUAUAUCGUGCCAGUUCAGUGAGUUCAAGAAACUCCUUUUGGAACACGAGGUGUCAAAGGAUUUCGACUAUGGCUAUGAUAAAGACUGGUACAAUAAUGAGUCCAAGUUGAGUGUCCAAAUUCCUGAGCAAUUUGAAGACAAGAGCUCCUCGUACAAAUUUAUUAUCGAACUCCAAAGGACGGCCGGUUUCCUCGAAAACGUCAGCAAAAGAGCAUUUGCCAGCUCCGUCAAUUUGCUUAAGAAUUUGCCCAAUGAUUUCAAGAGCGAUUUGGCCAACAGAAUAGAGGAUCUUGAAGAUUUUGUGAGAAAAUUAUACUCAAGUUUAGAUCACAACUUGGCUCAAAUUUUCGAUACUCCAAAUGGUAUUGACAAGUUGUUCAAAUCUCACGUGGAGAGCGUCAAUGAUGAGGCCACUGACUCCAUCUAUAUCCUUCCUAUUGACUCUGAAUCCAGAGGGUCGAACAUAUAUGAUUCGUUCAACACCAAGUUUUGGAACGACGAAUCGAGCAUUGGUAAUAUCAGAUUCACCGAAGUUGCACCAGUGUUAACAGUGCAGAUCUGCAGUGACGAAUGGAGCCAUGAAUCGGGAUUGUUCCUUCUUGAUGAGGUAUUCUAUCCUGAGAUUUACAGUGCAAAGUACUCUGAGGUGAUUGUGGAUAUGUUCCAAAAGGAAGCGAACGUUCAGAAGGAAAGAUCGAACUUGUCGAAGAAUAUCAUGGAGUUGAACUCGUUUGAGGGUAAGAAAAUCAAGCAAGUGAUACAAGCGACUGUUGGCCACUUUGAAACUUUGGGAGAUGAACUGGUCCCGGAAGAACUCAAAAAAAUCAACCAACAAAUUGUCAGUUUGACCGACUCCAUUACUACAAAGUUGAAUGAAAGUAGUAAGGCAUAUGCCAAGUUAGAUAUUACUAACUACAAGAACAUUCUUCAAGCUAUCGACAACUAUCCCGAACUUGGUCCUCCAGAACCAUACCAUUUGGUUGGAGUGGUACUCAGUGAUAGCGAGUACUUUUACACAAGCAAAACAUACACUAAAGAUGACGAGAAAUGGGUCUAUUUCAAGGCAAUCUGCGGCAGCGACAAGAAGGUUGUGGACUAUACCAUGGAAACCAUGAAUUUUGACGGGCUCAAAACAUACAUAUCUGAAGGCACAAGUGAUGCCAACCAAAGCUUGGUCCUUGUUUAUGCCAGCCAUGGAAUGGUUGUUACAGAUGCUCAGGUGAACUUGCCUUCGAAUUUGACGGCAUUUUUCGAGAAGGAUAACGCAGAAUUGGACGAUUUAUUGAAGAGGUACGAAUCGAGCGACAGUAUGGAUGAAGACCAGCCAGAAAACGAGGACAUCGAUGACUACGAGGAAGAUACCCCUGAGGAAAUAGACUCGGGGGCCGGGGAAGAGAAGCCCGACCACAGGUUGGUUGAUCUUUAGUUAAUGGACUGUUAUUUAUCUUUCAUCUGCGAUCGACCCGCUUCUAAGUAUUCUGUUAACCCUUCAUGUACAUACUGUCUUCAAUACUGUGUGAAAUAUUCGCAAGUCCUUAGAUUCAUAUUUAUAUAACAUUCAUAAUUCUAG